CUCUAGGGUUCUUUUUUGCUUGCAAAUUUUGUUUAGUGUUUCCAUUUUGAAAAUUGGUCCGAACAUUAAUCAAUUUUACUUCCCAAAUUGCGCGCUCUCUCUCUCUCUCUGCGAUCGCCACUUUCAAAGAGAACACGUUGAAGAGCACACACUUUGCAGAAUGAAAAAGGCUGACACAAGAAUGAUAACGUUUUUAGUGCUGUUGUUAUUGGUUGGUUCCACCUGUCUAGACUAAGGUAGCAGGCAGGCUGUGGGAUUUCAUGGCAGGCAGUGGCCUGCCAUCUUUGGGUCGUGUGAAGCUCUCGGAUUUAGUUCCUUCAGAAGGGUUACCAUCUGAUUCCUAUAAAAUAUCUGUUUCAAUUUUGUGGGAAUCACUGGCUCAGUUUUCAGCUGUCAUCAUCCAGUUUCCAGCUAGUGAUGGGGCUCUUUUAAGAUCUGGUUUAGAAUCUGCUCGCCUGUAUUUCCAUCAAAAAGAAACAUAUCCUACUGCAGAUAUAAUCCAUACUAGUGAGUCUCGUGAGUGGUGCAAAACAUCUGGUUAUUAUGCUGAUUCUCAUUUGUGGCAAGAAACCUAUGAUUAUAGACCAGGAUUGACUCCUUCAGAACCUAAUAAUUCAAUUGAGUUCCCUCCGGCAGGUUUGCUAGAUAUAUUUGCUUUAUUUGGAAAAGCAGCAAGGGAUAUUUUGGAUGCAAUUAGCUACCACUUGAAUUUGCGCAGCUCUCCAUUUUCAGAAAUACUGGAUAAUGUUCCCCUGAGAAAUAGGGAAAUUUCAUCUUCAGUAUUGUCUGUUUGCUGUCAUGCAAGGCCAUCAUUUCAGGGAACUCAACAUCAUAAUAUAACUACUCAAGGGGAUGGACAAUUGAUGAUGUAUCCUGACCAUGAUCACCAAGUCGAUAAAAGCUUGCUAUCACUUGUUAAGUCUGACAGGGCAGGUUUACAUGUCAGAGACUUUCAAGGUCGGUGGAUUCUUGUGGAUGGAGAUCUGGGGCCUCAAGAGGCUGUUGUCUAUCCUGGGCUUGCUCUCUAUCAAGCGACUGCAGGAUAUGUAAACCCUGCAUUGCACAAAACUGAGAUUAAUAUGGAGGCUAAUAUGUAUGGACGAUGUUCUUUAUCCUUCAAACUUUUUCCUAAAUCAAUGACCAGUCUUGAUUGUUCAGAAAUGAGAGCGGCAGGUUAUGGAAUUGAAGCUCAGUUCCAGCUUCCUGUUGCAGUGGAUGAUUUUAUGCAAAGAUCUCAUCCAACUGACCAUCUCUUUAAUAGGCCUGGCUUCCAGUGCUUCAAUUUCCAACCAACACAUGAUGGAUCUAUGAAGACUUUGAUCCGGAGAAGGAAGCAAAAUCCUAAAAGCAAACCUUUGCCACCUUCCAAGAGGCUAAGGCUUGAGGCGCAGAGAGUUUUGAAAGAAAGGGUCCAGGACAUUGCAGAUAAGAAAGGCAUCAAGCUGCGGUUCUGUAAUCUCAAGGAAUGUGAAAGUCACAUUCACACCCUAGAUAGCCCAUGUGCUAAUAUACGAAUGGAGAUAGGUUGGCCACCUGGUGUUCCAUUUGUCCAUCCCCAUGAUUUACCAAAUAAGGCAAAGCUGGGUUUUCUUGAAGCAUAUGAACCUGGUUGGACAGAAGCUCAUCAGAACUCGGACAGGAAUCAGUCCCCUUGAUAUCCAACACAUGGGCAACAUAUGAUCAGGUUGUGAGGGUCUUGUGAAGAUAAAGGAUAUAGUUCUCAGGGGCCUCUUAACCUAUAUUUGUGGUUAGGUUUAGACUUUUGUGGCUGAUCUUUAUGUAUGGAUUUGAAGCAGAUUAAAGAAAGAAACGUGCUGCAAUGAAUUCCGUAGAUGCGUUGUUACAGAUUUCUUAGAAGCUCUUAGGGUUAUGAGACGCCAAUCCAAUCAAAAUUAAGGGUAUACUCAGUUCUGAAGCUGAUGGAGGUCGUUUUGUCCCGUAUCAGUCAUAUAUAAAAUGGAGAGAAAAAGGUUUACAAAUCAAUAGAAUAACUAUGAGCUUCUCUUACUCGGUUUUCCUGCACGACUCAUCUAAGGCCAUUUGACAAAUGUUCUGCAACUAAUUGUAACCUUUUGUGCUUGAGUUAUGUCAAGCUGCAAGAAAAUUCAGUGUGUGAACACACAGCUUUAUGUAGUGAGAUAGCGUUGAAGCAUUGCAACCUUUCUUUU